CCUAUAAGCUCAGAAGAGUCAAAGAGUGCAGGAGACACAAGAACAGACUCGGUGCUGAGGGACACAACACAUUUCCUCUCACUUAUCUCUCAAGUACAACUUUUCCAGUAAGGCAGGAUGUCUAAAGGUCCAGCUGUGGGUAUCGAUUUGGGCACCACCUACUCCUGCGUGGGCAUCUUCCAGCAUGGAAAGGUGGAGAUAAUCGCCAACGACCAAGGAAACAGAACGACCCCCAGCUAUGUUGCUUUCACAGAUACUGAAAGACUCAUCGGAGAUGCAGCUAAAAACCAAGUGGCCAUGAACCCCAACAACACAGUGUUCGAUGCCAAGCGUCUGAUUGGUCGACGCUUCGAUGACCCAGUGGUUCAGUCUGACAUGAAAUACUGGCCAUUUAAAGUCAUCAAUGAGGGCAGCAAACCCAAGAUGGAGGUGGAGUACAAAGGAGAGAUAAAGACCUUCUUUCCAGAGGAGGUGUCCUCUAUGGUCCUCACCAAGAUGAAAGAAAUUUCGGAGGCCUAUCUUGGCAAGCCCGUGUCAAACGCAGUCAUCACAGUUCCCGCUUACUUCAACGACUCUCAGCGGCAAGCCACAAAAGAUUCAGGAACCAUCGCAGGCCUCAACGUACUUCGCAUAAUCAAUGAACCAACAGCAGCUGCCAUUGCGUACGGACUUGACAAAAAGGUUGGUGGUGAACGCAACGUUCUCAUCUUCGACCUGGGUGGCGGCACCUUCGAUGUGUCCAUCUUGACAAUUGAUGAUGGCAUCUUUGAAGUCAAAGCCACCGCCGGUGACACCCACUUAGGUGGUGAGGACUUUGACAACAGAAUGGUCAACCACUUCAUCGCCGAGUUCAAGCGCAAGUUUAAGAAAGACAUCACCGGCAACAAACGCGCAGUCCGUCGCCUGCGAACGGCAUGCGAGCGUGCCAAGCGCACCCUCUCCUCCAGCACGCAGGCCAGCAUCGAGAUCGACUCUCUGUACGAAGGCGCCGACUUCUACACUUCCAUCACCAGAGCACGUUUCGAGGAGCUCAACGCCGACCUCUUUCGUGGAACGCUGGAUCCAGUGGAAAAGGCUCUGCGGGAUGCGAAGAUGGACAAGUCACAGAUCCACGACAUUGUGCUGGUUGGCGGCUCCACUCGCAUUCCCAAAAUUCAGAAGUUGCUUCAGGACUUCUUCAACGGAAGGGAUCUUAACAAAAGCAUAAACCCGGAUGAAGCAGUCGCGUAUGGUGCUGCGGUCCAGGCAGCCAUCUUAUCUGGCGAUAAAUCGGAGAAUGUGCAAGACCUGUUGCUGCUGGAUGUUACUCCUCUCUCUCUGGGCAUUGAGACAGCCGGCGGUGUCAUGACUGUGUUGAUCAAAAGGAACACCACCAUUCCUACCAAACAAACCCAGACGUUCACCACCUACUCAGAUAACCAGCCUGGUGUCCUGAUCCAGGUAUAUGAGGGAGAGAGAGCCAUGACAAAGGACAACAACCUUCUAGGCAAAUUUGAGUUAACGGGGAUCCCUCCCGCCCCUCGUGGUGUGCCGCAGAUUGAAGUUACUUUCGACAUUGACGCCAAUGGCAUUCUCAAUGUAUCCGCGGUGGACAAAAGCACUGGCAAGGAGAACAAGAUCACAAUCACCAAUGACAAAGGUCGAUUGAGCAAGGAAGACAUUGAGCGUAUGGUACAAGAAGCUGACCAGUAUCGUUCAGAGGACGAAGCUCAGAAAGAGAAGGUCACAGCCAAGAACACAUUGGAAUCGUUGGCUUUCAACAUGAAGAGCACCGUGGAAGAUGACAAGCUAAAGGACAAGAUCAGUGCAGAUGACAAAAAAGUCAUCAUUGACAAAUGCAAUGAGGUCAUUGCCUGGCUGGACAAGAACCAGACUGCAGAAAAGGAAGAGUAUGAGCACCAACAGAAGGAGCUGGAAAAAGUUUGCAACCCCAUCAUUACCAAACUCUAUCAGGGUGCUGGCGACAUGCCGGGAGGAAUGCCAGGGGGGAUGCCCGGAGGAUUUCCUGGGGGGGCUGGAGGUGGUGCCUCCUCAGGUCCUACCAUUGAGGAAGUUGACUAAUCCAGCAAAAAAGAAGAGGAAUAUUCAAAGUCGCACUUAAACACAGCACAUUUUACAUCAAUGUUUCUCAAACAGACUUCUUAUGAUUCAUUUAAUAUCACAUUAUUGACCCGGUGUGUUAGAUGAGACCAACUUACAGCUUGUGACCAAAGCAAUAUGUGUCACUUACAUAACAACAUUGGCAUUCGCACGUUUCCUUACAUGUUAGAACAUCACAUUUGCAAAAACAUCUGAAAUACCUGUAAACUAUUAUUUAAUGGUUGCAAAAGUUAGUCAUGCUACACAAAGCGCGGAAAUACUUGGGGCGGAGCUUUGUAACCUGUUCCACAGGAAUAGCUUUUUAAUGUUUCAAUUGCUGUUCUAUGAUUCAUUAUUUAACGUAUGACUCAAGAUGCUACAAUAAACAUUUGAAUUCCUCAAAUCGUGUCUCGUGUUUUUG